CGAGUCGAUCUACUAGUAGUACUAGCCAGCUUGCACUACCAACAGAUCGUGAAUAAGGCUUGGCGAGGUGCCUCUCGCGUUGCAAGCGACCGACUCGUGCGAUUGUCAGGAAGCCCUCUGAGACCCGGAUAGUUGGUGUUGGCCGCUGGGGGACUUCCUUGUUCCGCACCAUAGCGUGGCGAGAAUUUGUGUCAUUGCUGCCGGUAGAGGCUAAUUUCUGUGUGCAUGUCCUGUCGAGCGUGAAAAACGCAGUUCUGUGGGGCCAGCCACGGUGAGUGCUGGGCUAAAUUUACCACUCUGCCGGCAACUUGCAACCGUUCCAUCAUCGCGAAAGGGACUCUAGCCGACUGGAGAAGAUCAUCUGCAGUUGCCUUUAGGAAUCUACUUCAGAGUGCUAUUGGCAUUCUGAAAUAUCCCAUUCAUUAGAAGCUUCCAACUUGGUCUCGAGUGUCCAUACUCCCACCUGCUUCAAGGGCGUAGGCCCACAGGCAAUCCAACACCAGGGCUAGGCGCCCCUGACAUUGUUGUGGGUGCGGCAUCGCGACCUCACCACGUGGACACACGGGUCCCCCAUGGCCGCUGGUGCGACGCGCGGCCGGAAGCUCCGAAGACUUCUCCUUCUGGCGUUGGCGUGCGCAGUGGCAGCGGCGGCAACAUUAUCGUCAUGCACUCACGCCGCCCAUCCAUCGCCCACCGGCCACGCUGCUGCUACUGCUGCCGUGGCGAUGACAGCGGCGGGACACAGCUACAGCGCCUUCAGCGGUUCCCCCGGCGAUGUGUUCACCAGCGUUCUCGUUCACGAGUACACCGGUAAUGUGUACAUCGGCGGCAAGGGACGACUCUGGCAGCUCAGCAAAGACCUGAGCGGGGCGCGCUCGCUCACGCUCGGGUCCGUCAACGACUCGCUGUCCUGCGGUCCUCCACCGCUGCAGCAGUGCAGCACGGCGUUUCCCCGGUACCAGCAGCGGCAGUACUUUGUCCUGGCCCUGCAUGCCGACUAUGCCAAGGGCAAUCUCGUCGUGUGCGGCAACGUUUACCGAGGUGCCUGCCGUUUGCUUCCUCUCAGUGACAUAACGUCGGGCGGGCCAACUCAACGGUAUCUUCCAUCGCGAGACGGCUUCGUCGUUCCGCCAGUGCUCACGACACCAUCGCUCAUCUCCUCGACCCUGUCCACGGACGGUAAGAAGAUGUUUGUGGCAACGCCGUCGUUCAGCGGCGAUGGCAAACGCAACCCGGUGAUCAGAACCCUGUCCACGGAGACCUAUCGUACUCUCACCAAUUACUCCGAGAUGCUGAUACAGAAUUCGGGCGACAACUUUCCGUCAGCGUGGAGAACGGCGUUCACUGCCGCCAACUACGUCUUCUUUGUCUACACGGAACAGAUUGACGGGAGAAAGUCUAAACCGACGACCACUCUUGUGCGCAUCUGUUCAGACGAUGGCGGAUACAAGAGGUUCCGAUACCAUGGGUAUGGAUCCUAUGUGGAGAUGCAGUAUGGGUACACGACUAAGACAUCUUCUGCUACUGGCAGCUAUGCACAGGCUGUGCUGCAUCUGGAGGCGGGUGAAAACCUUGUUGGCAAUGCACCAGCCGGAGCACUCAAUGAGGAUCGUGGAAUUGUCGUCACGGCGUUUGAUGACCUGAAAGGCGGCUCACUGAUCAGCAUACUAUCAUUGCACUGGGUCAAUGAUGAUAUGUCGGAACGGGAGGUGCUGUGCAAGCAGCAGAGUGUGCAGGCGGGCACGGAGAAUGUCGGCUCCAUCAAGAUGACCAAGUGCAACGGGUAUCACACGGAGAACAACGACACCGAGGUGUGCGGCCAUGAGAAGCAUUCACCUCUGGCUACACCGCCGCGUGAACUCAACGACUCAAGCCUUGUUCUUCAACUGCCGGCCGAGUAUCACGUCCGGUCACUGGCCGGACACAAGUACGGAAACCAUACCGUGCUCUUCCUGGGCACUGCUAAGGGAAACGUGUUAAAGGUACUGGUGGAUUCGUUCGGUUACCAGGCGGGCAAGGUGUUUGACAGCAUUGCUGUGGACCCACUGCGUCGGCCCAUCACCAAGCUCAUCCUCUCACCCAACAACCACUACGUGUAUGCCCUGGCCAACGCCACAGCCAGCAGUGGUGCUCCAGCAUCUCAGCUGUUCAAAGUUCCUGUGUCAGAAUGCUCCCGGUUCAAGACCUGCUCGGCAUGCACGUCGGCAAAGAGCUUCAUCAACAGUGCCGUCGUUAACCCACUGUGCGGUUGGUGCGUCUACACAGGAAUCUGUACGCACCGCGGCUCGUGCACAAAGCCUGCGGGAGCAAUCCGUCCCUUUCACCAGAAUGACUCGCUGUGUCCGGCCAUCCUCAGCAUCUCACCAACACUCAUCUCACACAUGACCUACACCAUGAUUCGCGUGCAUGUCGCUCACCUGCCGCUCAACCCGCCUGGCUCCCGGUACGAGUGUCAGUUUGGUGCGACGGGCCAGCGUGCACCCACACUGUAUAACGCCUCUUCCGGCGAGUACUCGUGUGUUGCUCCUCGUUUCAAUAUCAGUCAAGGUCUGCAAGAUAUACAGUUUGGCUUCUACUUGGCGGCGACGAAAUCGAAAUUCCUCGCAUUCGACGGCUUGAAGGGAUUCAAUUGCCGCGUCAACACCAGGUGUGACAGCUGUCUCUCGACCGUGGCACCGUGUGGCUGGUGUCGCUACACCAAUCGCUGCACCAUCUCCAAGAACGAGUGCGCAGACAGCAGAUUGGACACGGCCUGGACGAUGGCCACUGUAGAGACCGUGUGUCCCGUCACCACACCCCUACAUGUACAGCAACCAGUUCAGCGAUCUCUAGUGUUUCAGAUAGACGCCAGGAACCUGCCCACACCUCGUGCUGGCACACUGGAUACGUACGAGUGUGUGCUGAAGUCAAGCGAUGGGCAGAGCGACGAGACGAUGCAGGCACAGCUGACCAAGAACCCUGGCAACGCCUGGAGAGUGAGGUGUCAACUGCCUAAUUCCCGAAGUGUGGAGAUGCUGCGUGAUGCCGGCCACAGCUGGACAGAGAAGCGCCUGCUGCUGCUGUGGAACGGUGUGGACAUCAGCGGUGAUCAGUUCACCAAGGUUGCGUUCUAUAACUGCGAGACCCUGGCCAAGGGUGACUGCUCGCUGUGCGUGUCCCAGCAACAUGUGCCGGAAACUUACCCGCUGGCAAGCAGGUUUCAGUGUCGCUGGUGCAGUGGGGAGGGCAAGUGCAAGGUGGACGCCAACUGCUGGAACGAUUCGCGCCGCUGUCCCAGUCCAGUCGUGACCAAGAUCUCACCGAACAGUGGUCCAUUGGAAGGCGGUACUCUGGUGGUCAUCAAUGGCACCAACUUGGGAUCACAGCGCUCGGAUUUGUCCCAGGUGCGCGUCAACGAGGCGGAGUGCGCAGUCAAGUCCUACACUCCGGCACGCGGUUUGGAGUGUGAGACCGGCAAACGGACCGUAACCGAAGGCCCAGGGGUAGUGACUGUCAGCUUGUACGGCAACACCAGAUCAUCAGCUAACGAAACCGCCGUCAUGUUCGACUACAUACUACCGGAGUUUCGCGCCGUACAUCCUGCGAUGGCGUCCGAAUCUGGAGGCUCGCUCAUAACACUAUCGGGUUCGGGAUUGGACACCGGUCGAGACGUGGAGGUGGAGCUAGCUGGUCAGCCGUGCAGGCUGGCCAAUACACACUGCCAUCAUCGACCGCCGGCACUUUGCCAGGACCUGCCGAAAAUACCAAGGAAUAGAUCUACUAUCUGGUGUUAUGCGUCUCCCUAUACUCUGAGACAAGGAGGUAAAGCCAGCGGCUAUGUGAAGUUGAAGAUUGACGGAUUCGAGAGCACCCUGUCCAGUACACCUUUCUUCUACUACCGGGAUCCCGUUGUCCAUGGUGUUGGCGGUGUCACGCCAACCAGCGGCAUUAUCAGUGGCGGUAUUGAGCUGAAGAUCAGAGGCAGGCAUUUCAGUGCUGUGCGGGACAUGGGAAUCAUGCUGCGUGAUACUACCGACGAGAUAACUACGGAGAACUCCACGCUGUGUCUAGCGCGUACGAACACGACGGCGAGAUGCCUCCUGCCAGGCUUCAGCUACACCACGCCAUACGCACGACUGGUGCUGCUCCACGACGGCCACCAGACGGAGAUUGCCAACAACUUUGGCGUGGCGGAGGACCCGAUCAUCGAGGACUCCAAGUUCCUCGGUGACGCUUCUAAUAACCUGAUGCAGGUCUCGGGUCAGAAUCUGGACAGCGUUGCAGAGACUGAGUAUCGCAUAUACGUUGGUGAUAUCCACAAGGCUAACCUGUGUGCAGUCAGCUCUGUGGAAGGCGAGACAAUCAUCUGUCAGGUACCACGCAAUCUCUCCUCGCAAGGACGUCGUACAUACAUGGUCACGAUUGACGUUGGCCGUGAUCUUCGCUUCGACGUCGGACCCGUAGAGUUUCUCACCGCGUCCGCACAGGAACAACAGGACAAGGUGACGGGCAUUGCAGGCGGUGUGGCGGGAGGAGCCGCGUUCCUGCUCAUCAUCUUCCUCCUGCUUUUCAUCUACUGCCAGCAACGUGCCAGGGUUGCCGAGAAUGAGGUGCUUCGCAUGAUCAACCGUAUGGAGAACCUGGAGUCAUCGGUCGCCACGGAGUGCCGAAGUGCUUUCACCGAUCUCAUGACAGACCUCGGUGAUCACGGUAUCAGCACGGCCGACGACAAUCUGCCCUAUCUCUCCUUCCACCAGUACGCCAUCCGGUCACUGUUCCCGAACGCUGGCGACGAUCAUCCCAGCCUGCAGCCACUGGGACAGCGCUUGAAGCAUCUUGGUCCAAGUCGUCUAGAGCACACUCGCCGGACACUGGCCACUUUCCAGAGAUCACUGGUCUACAACAAGAAAUUCCUGGUCACGUUUAUCCAUGCCAUGGAGGCGCACUUCAGCAUGAAGGAUCGAGUUGCAUUUGCAUCCAUACUCAUGGUGGCACUGCACGACAAGAUGGAAUACGCUACAGAGGUUCUCAAGUGCUUGCUGGCUGAUCUGAUCAAGGCCUCGGUGCAACGCUCACAUCCCAUGUUACUGCUCAGACGGAUGGAGACGGUGGCUGAGAAAUUGCUGGCAAACUGGCUGACGUUUUGUCUCUACGACUAUAUACGGAUGCACGCCGGUCGACCUCUGUACAUGCUCUACCAAGCUGUCAAGAGCCAGACAGAGCGAGGACCAUGCGAUGCGCUCACGGGUGAAGCAAGGUAUUCGCUCAGCGAGGAGAAGCUGCUGCGAGAGCCGGUGGAGUACAAGGAGUUGAUGUGCACGUUCCAUCGCGGCGACGAGGGCUCCUCGUUCCCCGUGCGUCUGCAAGAUUGUGACACCAUCUCACAAGCAAAGGAGAAGAUUAUGGACGCCACGUACAAGACAUCGCCAGUAUCAAUGAGACCCGACCUGGCCUCCAUAGACUUGGCAAUGGAUACUGGCGACAGCAGCUCGUCGCCCACCAUACUCCGUGACGAGGACAUCACCACUGUGCAGGAGGGAUACUACAAGCGCAUCAACACGCUCACGCACUACGGGGUACCCAAUGGAGCAAACUUGCGCUUUGUGAAACGCGGCGCGCAGUCGGGGAAAUCCGAAAGAAGCGGCGAUUUCAUUGGAACCAUGGUGUUUGCACCCCCGACUCAGCUCACUCUACCCAUGAACGAUGACGGAAUGAAACCCUAUCAUCUGGUCAAGCAGACGGAGUACGAAUUACCGCCCGAGCGUCAAACCGUCAAGAUGGUGCACGAGGUGUUCCUUACACGUCUGCUCUUCACAAAGAACGUUCUGCAGCGCUUUGUCAACGACCUGUUCUGCAAGAUGUUCAGCAUGAGCACCUCGUCGAAGACAACACCGCCGGUGCCCGAAGCCGUCAAAUACCUGUUUGAUUUCCUGGAGCAGCAGGCCAGUGAGAAUGGUAUCGACGAGCCGGAUGUGGUGCACACAUGGAAAAACAACAGUGUACCGCUGCGCUUUUGGAUCAACAUCAUCAAGAAUCCUGACUUUGUGUUUGAUAUCCACAAGAGCGCCACUGUGGACUCGAGCCUCUCAGUGGUGGCACAGAUGGUCAUGGAUAGCUGUGGCACGGCUGAUCAACGGUUGACUAAGGAAUCACCCACGACCAAGCUACUGUAUGCAAAGGAAGUGCAGACGUAUAGGAAACUCGUUGAAAAAUACUACGCUGACAUUCAGGCAAUGCCGGUGAUACUGGAGGGUCGCAUGCAUGAUAUCCUCCAGCAAGUAUCCGUGGGACCAGACAGAGGAGGCUUCCACAAAGACAGUGCUAUGUAUGAUGUGUUCAUCUACGGCCUACAUUACCGUGAUUCGGUGGCCGCCGCAUUGAAGAAGGAGGGCCUGCUGGAUCUGAUGCGCCAGUUUGAGGAGACGUGCGACGAGCUCGCUCACGGAUUCGACGAGAAGUCGUCCAGCCUGUGAGCGUAGUGGACAAUGGGCAAUGGGACGUAUGUAUAUCAAUUUCACGUCAUCAGGUUUUGCGGGGCAAGUCCACUACAGCCGUGCACACUGUGAUGCCAGCGCUGCAUAAAAGGCCAUGAACUUUGUGUAUGGCCAUACUCCUAUAUGACUGUACUAAAAUGGGUCGUAUAUGCCAAAUAUGUGGCAGCUUGCCCCGCCAGAAAUGGUGACGGACGUCUUCGAUGCAUACCUCCCCGCUGUCAGUGCUCUGCUCUCGGCGCCACUGUAGCACGUUGCUGCUGCUGCUUGAUUGUCCCGCCCGGCACGGCGCACGGCGGAGAACACCACCGCAUGCAGAAGUACACUGCUACGGGGAGCGACGGUGACGGCCUGUAUCUGCACAGCCCAGCAAUCUCUCUGUCCCGCACCGCCAUGCUAGCCGGACGGCAAAUGUUCAGAUGCUCAGCAACUGCUCUUUUGCUAGUUUUGACAUGCUCAGCAGCUGCUCUACUGUUAGUUUUGACAUGCUCAUCAGCUGCUCAUCUGUUAGUUUUGACAUGCUCAUCAGCUGCUCAUCUGUUCGCGGAUCCACCGCUGGCGCCUUGAUCCACUGUUGACGCGCACAUGUGUGCGACUUGAUUUCCCGAAACUUCGCCGGAGAUCACACAGCUAUUAUUACAAGUCUUCCUCCUAGUUCUGUAAUCUGCUUGGAUUUUCUGUUAAUUUUUUUAAAACUUAUCGGUUUUAGACUUUCUAAAUUUGGCUAGGGCGCUGCGAAAUCAGGUUUAUCUUUGAAUUGCUAUCCAGGGAAGAAGCUUGCUUCUGUUGCAGCGUGUUGCCAUGCAGGCAUGACUAAACCCAGAGCUAUACAUGCAUGUCGUAGCGUGUUCAAAUCCAGACAGAAUUUUAUGUAUAACAACUCACAUAUUUUCAUUUGAACUGCAACUUUCGAAAGUUUCCAUCCCAUUUUUUCGCACACAGUUGAUGAUGAUAAUAAUUAUACUAAUUCUUCGCAUUUACUUUCCACUUGCCCCCCCCCCCCCAAACGUUAUUAAUUUUCAGUGUAAGGUAAAUCUCAUGUUCCAUUUUCUAUAAAAUCAAUAUCUACAUGUGACAACUAUUCUCAGGAGCUACA